AACCGUUAGUUCUUUAGUUGUGCAAUGCUUCCGCUGAAAGUUGUCAAUAUUUUACUGCUGCUGACUUGGUUCGCGGCGGCAGGACAAAUCAGCUUCUCUCCGGUUUAUAAAAGUGAUGUUGGUUUCUUCGACGGUUUUCAUGGUUUCCCUGAGCAUUUAGUCGCAUCCGCGACCAAUUAUUACGGUGGAAGUGGAAAAAAAGAAGGCGGUGGUAAAGAGUACCACGCGGAUAAAUACUCUAAGCAUGGCGCCAAAGGGGACAAAGGUUACAAAAGCGACCACCACCACGAUAAGGGAGAAAGUGGGAAGCAUGGUGAAAAUUAUAAAGCUAGUAAGUAUGGGGACAAAGGGGGACACCUGGAUAAGUACCACGAUGAGGCCGGACAUUACAAGAAGUACCACGAGGGAAAAAAGUCGCAUAAAGGGGCCAAAUUUGGUGAGAAAAAAGGCCACAAGAAAGGGCACAAAACGAAAGGGUAUCAUAACAAGUUCCACAAAGAUGAGUACCACAGGGAGCACAAAUUCUACGACGAUGCCCACAAAAGUGGUUACCACAGCAAACACGGUAGUCACCACCAACACUACGAUAAAAAGAGCGGCGACCAUAAAAAAGGUGGUUCUCACCACUCGGGGCACCACUACGACGACCACGGUAAGAAAGGGUUCACAGAUAAAGGGAAAAUCAUCGACGAUCACAAAGGAUUCAAAGGAAAAGAGGGACACGAAGCACACCACAAGCACCACGAAGAUUACGGAAAGAAACAUGGAGCGAGCGAUGGGAAACAGCACGGCUUUUCUUACAAGCAUUAGUCAUUUCGUCUCUUUUCACUGCUCUAUAAGCGAAAUUACAAAGUUCUUGCAAUUUUAUGCAUCACUACGUUCCAUAAAUUUGCUUAAAACAGUGAAAGUGGGCUUGUGGUUUUGAACGAACAUGCAAACAUGGUUCAAUUUUUUACGGACAUGCCAUAUUUUGUUAUACGUUGUUAAUCUCACGACUGGUUUCACAGUACCUGCAGCCAAACCGCAGAUAAUCAGAGUAAUUGUUUCAAACGAUUUGGCGGAUGCUGUGAAACUAGGCUUUUUCAUUUUUGUAUUGUUGAAUAAAUAAACUGCUGCAUUUGAAA